ACAGGCAGAGCAGGGGGUUGAGGACGAGGGGCAGCUCGCUGAGGGCGAGGGCGGCGAGGAGCAUCCAGUCGUCGAUGCGGAUGGCGGUGACCAUCGGGUACCAGCGAUUGACCUGGAGGGCGUAGUAGGGGGCGCUGAGGAGGAGGUGCAGGAGGAGGAUGGUGAGGGCGUAGUAGAGCGACUCCCGCUGGCGGCCGAUCAGCGACUGGCCGUCGUCGGCGCAGGGCACCACCUUGCGCUUGGCGAAGAGCACCAACAGGAGCAGGAGCUUCAGGCCGAAGGGGGCGAGGUAGGCGACGAGGAAGCGGAGCUGUUCGUAGAGUUGGUCGUGGGGGAAGAGCAGGUCGCGGUAGACGAGGACGAAGGCGCCGGCGAAGGAGGCGGCCCAGGUGAGCAGGCAGAGGACGACGGCGGUCGGGCGGAAGCCGAAGCAGCCCCGGUGGCAGCCGGCGAAGAAGGUCGCGAAGAGGCGGUCCAGCAGGAGCAGGGCCAGCAGCAGGGAGGUGGUGGGCAGGCCGAGGGAGCCGGGCAGCUGCUGGGCGCUGUACACCCACUGCGGCAGCGGGUAGACGAGGUCCUCCAGCUUCAGGCCGAACUCCUUCGCCGCCCAGAUGGCCACGUCGAGGAGGUCGACGAGGACGGCGAUGGAGAGGUUGGCGACGUAGACGCCCAGGCUGCUGCUGAUGAUGGUGGCGCACUUGACGUAGACGAAGAGCAGGAGCAGGGUGUCCAGGGCGCCGACGCCGAGCAGCACCAGGCGGAAGAUGAGCAG